AUGCUUGUUUUAUGCUCACUGUUGAUUCUCAUAGCCAGGACGAUUCCUUGGAUUUUAAAUCCGUCAGUUAUUCUCACGAAAGAAAGAGUUCAAAAGGAAGUUCCAACAGUAAAACCUAUCGGAUUGAUAGUAUCUGAAAGCAAUGAAAAAGAUGAACAAGAAUCGAGAAUUACUACAGAAGGGUCAUCGACAUUGAAGACAAUAAUUGUCGUCACCCCGACCUACAAACGAUUAACAAGAGUUGCUGAUUUUACGAGAUUGGCUAAUACGUUAUCUCAUCUUUCAAAUUUAUAUUGGAUAGUGAUUGAAGAUGGACCAGAAACAGUUCCAGUCGUUCAAAAGAUGUUAGAACGAACAAAUCUAAACUUCACUUAUAUGGCUCAUCCAUCCCCUCCGAACUACCCAAAUCGUGGAUGGUAUCAACGGACGAUGGCAUUGAAAUACAUCAGAGAAAACUACACAAAUUUCAUGAGAUCCCAAAAUGGGGUGGUUUAUUUCGGAGAUGAUGAUAACUCUUAUGAUCUCAGACUAUUUGAGGAAUAUAUUCGAAAAGUGAAUAAGAUUGGAAUGUGGGGAGUUGGACACGUAGCCGGUAGUCUAGUAGAAUCUCCACGAGUUUCCAACCAAAAAGUUGUUGGUUUUGAUGCUGAAUGGAGUCCGGAUCGAUACUUUGCGAUUGAUAUGGCUGGGUUUGCUCUUGGUCUUCAAUUGAUUCUCGAGUCAUGCGCAGUCUUCAGAAGUUCCUGUCCAAGUGGAACAGGAGCAUUGGAAUCAUGUUUAUUGACUGAUUUGGGGUUGAAUAGAGAAGAUGUUGAACCAUUUGGAUUUGAGAAAGAGAACGAUCGAGAAGUGCUUGUUUGGCAUACGAAAACAUUGAUUCCUGAUAUUUAUGAAUUCCGACCAUCUGCGUGGAAUUGGUUAUUCCCGAAACCACCGAAGACUAAUGGCUAUUUUGUGGAGUAUUGA